AAAACUUUGAAAACCAAUUUUGUUUCUGGUUUUUCCUUAAAAGGAUUUUAACAUUUUCUGAGCUACAAAAUUCGUUUUACCGUAAAAUUCUAAACAACUAAUACAAAAUUUAAUAAUGUUUACCUUGAGACAACUUGCAAACCGUUUUGCAAAUAUAUCCUUUCAAGAAAUAUGCAGUCCCACUUCUUCCACGUUUAGUACAAACAACAUCAGUAAUAAAGGCGAUAAGGGUACUAAGGACAAGGAUGAUACAUUGCAUGAUGGUCUUGAUGAUAGAAAUCUUCCUAGAGUGGUUGAUGUAGAUAUGGACACGAUGUUCGAAGAUGACGAUGACGAUACCAACAGUGAAAUUAAAUCGGAGCGUAUACUUCCAGAUAAUGUGAAGGCGGAAAUCAAAACUAAAAUAGAAAGCCAGGUAGAGAAUUUUUUUCCGGUUCAAACUCAUGAUGAUGGGCGUGAUGAUAACGACUUUCCAGUGCUUGAUGUCGAUACGGACGAAAUGAUGGAAGAAGAUGAUGAUGAACUUGAUAUUAUUUAUCUCGACAAAACUGAUGCAGUUAAUUCGGAUAAUCUAUUACUAGAAAAUGAAAAGGAAAGAAUUUAAACUAAAUCAUCUCUAGCUGCAGUAGAUCCUAUAACAAAUAAAAUUGAAAGUCUCCUCAGCACUUUCGCUGACAAAGAGAAUGCAUUAUUCUACUGAUAAAAAAAUGAGUAAUACAAUGGAUUAGAUGGUUUAAAACAGCAGAAAAAUAUGGCCACAAAAAACUAGAAUCUAUAUUAUUGAGGAUUUCGAUUUAUUUUUUAUUUGGCGUAAAUAUAAUAGUAGCUCGAUUUAA